AUGCUCGUUCUCAAGUGGAAAGACAAGAGAUGUGUGACAAUGAUAUCCAAUGCUCACACUCCUUCGAAAAUUAAAAUCGUGAAGGGGAAGCGAAAAGACGGAGCACAUGAAGACGUUCCCUGUCCACAAGUCAUCAUCGACUACAACCAACACAUGGGCUACGUCGAUAAGGCAGAUAUGCUGAAAUCGUAUUAUGAAGUGGAUCGCAAAAGUAAAAAAUGGUGGCAUAGAAUUUAUUUUCGUUUCAUGGAUGUGAGUGUUGUGAAUACCCACAUUUUGUUCAUGCAAAUUAUGGCGGGGGAGCGUGUUCCGCCGUUGAAAGAAUUGAAAUUGCAAGUCGCGGAAGGACUCAUGGGUGCUCCAGACCUCAACUCGCAUAAAAAGCGAAAAGUCGAACUCCCUUCCUACAAGCCAAUAUGUGCCACAAGACCUACGCUAUAA